AGUAGACUUCAUUCCCCACUGAGGAGGCACGUGUUCAAGUUUUUGCAGUUCCAAAGAAAAAAAAAAGUCAUCACAAUGAAGCAGGUUUUAAUCUUGCUGUGCCUUCUGGUCUCCGCCUUUGCUGCCCCUGCACCAGGCAGUGAGAGUAGUGAGGCUGCAGCACACGCUAAUGAGGCCCUGAGGUUGAUGGAGAUGUACAGGCUGUACCAGCAGCAGGGGCUUGCAAACCCCUUCCUUCCAAGUGCCGAUGCCCCUGCUAAUUCUGUUGUUGCACCUGCGGUGGUUGCUUACCAAGCCCAGCUGGCUCCCGCCCCUGCGGAGGACGACUCAGACGAGGAAACCGAGGAUGGGAACCCCGCUCCUAGAGUUGCAGUCGCCGGUGCUCCUGCUGCUCCUCUGAACUCUGACGAAGAGGAGGAAGCUGAGGAGACGGAGGUAGCUGAGGUUGAGCCGACUGUGGUGGACACGGCACCUGCGGACCCCACAGCAGCUGCUGAGCCUGAAAUGGUUGACAUCCCUCCAGAUGCUGCUCCAGUUGAUGGUGUUGUUGUUGUUGCCGUGCCCCCUGUUGACAUUGUUCCUGUGGACACAGCUGCCGAGCUGCCUGUCGAUGUGGCCGGCCCCGUCGCUACUGAUGUUCCCGUUGCUGAUGUUGCUGCAGCCACAGCGGCUGCUGAGGUUCUUGCAACACUGUAAUUAUCCACCUCUCCCUUGCCACUGAAGGUGUAUUGUGUGUUUACAGAAAAUUGGAGGUUAAAACACCCUUAGCUUACUUUAGUUGUAGGCUUCUUGAAUGAACAUUGGAAGAAGCCAUGAUAAAAGAUUAAGUAUCUUGUCCACAUCUAAGCCAAAAUCUUGAUGUGGAUUUUUGUUUUUUUUAUCCCGUUUUUACUUUUCUUUCCUCAACGAAUUUUUUAAUUGGUUUGAAAUUUUUCAGCUGUGUUCCAUUGAGUGAGUGACAAAAGGUCAGACAAUGUUUUGUUUUUCGUUUCUGUUAUCCACAUUUUUUUGUUACAAAUUAAAACAUAUGUUGCUAUGUCAGUUUUUUAUUUGAGACAUAAUGUUAUCUUUUCAGACUGAGUACAAUUGUAACUGGCAAUUUUGAUUUGGAAUAAAAAAAAUCCAAUGUGGAGUUCCUCAAG